CAUUUUUUUGAACUCACAUAUCUUCGUCAGUUUAAAUGUUACAACAUCUUGAGAUUGGUUCUGCGUGUCUUUCUGACUUCCUCUCAUUCUUGUCGACUUGGUACUUGAAGGAUUUCAUGUUUGUUUCUGUUCAAGCUCAUAUCUACGCAGUUUGCAAGGAUGCAGCUGGAAUCGCUGGAAACAUCUUUGCUUUUGGGCUUUUUCUUUCCCCUAUACCCACAUUUAAAAGAAUUAUCAGAAACCAAUCAACGGAGCAGUUUUCAGGACUGCCAUAUAUUUAUGCCCUCCUGAGCUGCUUGAUCACCAUGUGGUAUGGCACACCCUUCAUGUCUUAUGAUAAUGCAAUGGUUAUGACAGUCAAUUCAAUGGGUGCACUUUUUCAAUUGGCCUACAUAAUUGUCUUCAUUACAUAUGCUGAGAAAGAUAGUAAGUUCAGAAUGCUUGGAUUGCUACUGGCAGUUUUUGGCCUGUUUGCUGCCAUUGUAGCUGGUAGCUUGCAAAUGGUAAAUGGAGGCAUUCGGCAGAUUGUUGUCGGGUUGCUGAGUUGUUGUGCUCUCAUAUCAAUGUUCGCCUCCCCAUUGUUUGUAAUUAAUUUAGUGAUUCGAACAAAGAGUGUUGAAUUCAUGCCAUUUUAUUUGUCUCUUUCCACUUUCUUGAUGAGCACCUCCUUUUUCCUCUAUGGAGUCUUAAAUGAUGAUACCUUUGUUUAUGUCCCAAAUGGGAUAGGAACUAUGUUGGGGAUUGUACAAUUGGUAUUGUAUUUUUACUAUAAAUCUAGAGAAGAUUCCAAAGAACCAUUGCUAGUAUCAUAUACGUAAUUGUUCUUCAGUUGGAGAGUUGUGAGAAAUCAUGCAAAAUUUAAAUGUUGAGGCGAAUGCUUGCGUAUUCAAAGUUGAGCCGGUUCAGUUUCAGAGGAUGCUAUUUGAGUUAAGCUAUGGAUCUAAUGGAUGUCCUGAGUUGAAAGGUUAUUUGAAUGCGGGACUGUUUCCAGCAACCCAGAUGCUUUCAAGUUUGCCACUUUGCCAUUGGCCAAUAGCUCUCACCUGGUGAUUGUUUGAUAGGUUUGAGCUUUGUUACAUCAUACUGAAUUUUGCUGCUAGUAUCAGCUAUAAUUUGAUGCAUUUUCUGCUAAUUUGUUGGCUGAAUGCUGGCGUUGUAGAUUUAUAACUGAAUUUUAUGCAAAUAUCAAUAUAUACUGGAUGAAAAU